UCGCCAUUUUUAUUUUACACUUCGCAUUCACAUUCACGUUCUUCUCUUUUUUCAGAUUCCAUUCAAUUCAAUUAUUCUUCCUGUGGAACCUUCUUCUCUUCCCAUUCAAUUCACCCAGGCCCACACACUUUCUUUCUUCCACUCCUGCGCCUUAGAUAUUUGUACUUCUCAUUUAUGAUUUUGCAUCCGCUUCAAACUUCGCCUCUCCAAACCAACAACUCUCCAUGCGCAUUCUCACAAUUAACAAUGACCGAGUUCCGCGUGUUUCAAAAACAGACCCACGCACACGAGGAUCACCGAGAUUAUCGCUACGCCGGAACUCGACACAAACGAUCUAAGAGUGCUUCUGAAAGGAAUCUGAAGAACGAAAGAGGUGGAGCCUUGCAUCCAGUUGAGAAGGACCGCAAGGAAUCCUUUGUUUCGCCACCUUCAGUGAGUGCUUCUAGGUUACGGAGUCCUUCGCAUGACAAUCUCUCUUCUGUAAACAAUAAUACAUUUUCAAAUCAUAGAGCAAACUUAGAAAAAGAUGUUGAGCAACUACAGUUACGCCUACAACAGGAGAGGUCUAUGCGCAUUCUGCUUGAGAGGGCGAUGGGUCGAGCCUCGAGCACUCUAUCUCCUGGACACAGGCACUUUACUGCCCAGACAAAAGACUUGAUUGCUGAAAUUGAGUUACUUGAAGAAGAGGUUACAAGCCGCGAGCAGCAAGUACUUUCUCUUUACAGAAAUAUUUUUGAACAGUGUGUUAGUCGGCCACCUUCUGAACAAAGUUCUGCUGUUGCUUCACCUGCUCAUAUAAGGCAAGGAUCUAGGAAGCAUCCGAGUAUAAUUUCAAGCGCAUUCUGUUCAUCAAAAAAAUUCCCUCUACGACCACUCCAAGCUCUAGUUUCCAGCAACGACUUGAGGAAUAGAAUCUUUGGAUCUAAUCACACUCCUUUUUCACGUGGUAAAGACAACAAUUAUUUUAAAAAGACUAGUUCUGAUUCCACCAAGGCACAGGAAAAGUUUUCUUCAAUUGAGAAAAGUCCAAUUUUGCGUACUUUGAAAGACCACCUGUAUCAGUGUCCAAUCAAGCUUUCUGAGGAAAUGGUGAGAUGCAUGGCCACUGUAUAUUGCUGGCUUCGUAGUGCAACUUCUGUAAAUGCUGAAAAUGGUAGAUCACCAUUAUUGUCAAGGUCAUCAACUAAUGCUAUACAGCCUCGACAUGGUAUUGGAGACGAUCGUGACUGGUCUUGCAAAUCAUCAGUUGAAAUUUCAUGGAUAUCUACUCACAAACGUCAUUCUUCUCACGCUUCUUAUGCCAUCAGCAAUUACAGAGUUCUAGUUGAACAACUAGAAAAAGUCAAAGUCAGUCAACUGGAUGGCGAUGCACAAAUUGCGUUCUGGAUCAAUGUGCAUAAUGCUCUUGUUAUGCAUGCAUAUUUAGCAUACGGAAUUCCCCAGGGCUCUCUCAGGAGGCUAGCCUUGUUUCACAAGGCUGCUUACAACAUUGGCGGUCAUAUCGUAAGUGCAAAUGCCAUAGAACAAAUGAUAUUUUGCUUCCGGACGCCUAGGAUUGGACGGUGGCUUGAAAGCAUUGUGUCUGCUGCCUUGAGGAAGAAAAGUGGUGAAGAAAGACAACUUCUCAGUUCCAAAGUGUGUCUUACUAAAUCCCAACCCCUUGUCUGCUUUGCCCUUUGUACUGGCGCCUUGUCAGAUCCUGUGUUAAAGGUUUAUUCAGCAACAAAUAUAAGUGAAGAACUAAAUAUUGCCAAGAGGGAGUUUCUCCAAGCAAAUGUAAUUGUGAAAAGGUCAAGAAAAGUAUUUCUGCCAAAAUUGUUGGAAAGGUUUUCUAGAGAAGCAUCAAUAAGCAUAGAUGAUCUGUUUGGAUGGGUCAUGGAGAGUGUUGACAAGAAGCUGCGUGAUUCAAUGCAGAAGUGCCUUGAUCCUAAAUCCAUCAAAAAGCCAUCUCAGAUCAUAGAAUGGUUACCUUUUAGUUCAAGGUUUCGGUACGUGUUCUCCAAGGAUGUCAUAGACAAGCCUUGGUGGGUAUGACAUCUAACUGCUUGUUAAAGAUUACUGUAUGAUUAGUGGAGCCUAAUUGGUUUGAGAAAGUGAGAAAUUUCAUUUUAGGUGCUUCAAAUUUCGUGCACACUGUAACACGAUGCCACAAAUGCUUGCCUUAGAUACCGUAUUCUUACAAAAUAUUGUAAAUUCUGAUAGAAUUACUCGAAUACUCUCUAACAAGUGUAUAACUUCUAAACAUUAAUCAUAGUAAUUGUUUUAAACAAAGUUUACAAUGAUUAUGUUGUAUCA